UAGGGAGGGGGGGCUGGCUGAAGGCAGAGGUUGACUGUUGGACAGAAAGGCAACGGACAGAUGCUCCUCACAACGCACAGCAGAGACUUCUCCAUAGAGACCAGUCAGGCAGGAGAUACUGGAGGCUAUAAAGCGGCUGGACAGUGGAUGAACUGACUAGACUGGACAAUGGUCAGAGCACACGCAGGAAAUCAGAAUAGUGAUCCUCAGUAUUUAAGGAGAGUUACAGCAGCCUUGGAGUAGCACUAGGCAGUAAGAGCUGGAGUCGGAGCAGUCUGUUCUCUACGAGUCUACAGUAAGCCCAGUAACACAAAUAAGGGGACAUCACCUGUUGCAGUGUGGGUCUAGGGUAACUUUGAUGUGUGUUAUACGCUGUGGAACACUGAGACAUAGAGAUGACUGGAGCCCUCCUGUCUGGGCUCCUGCUCUGUUGCAUAGUGGUGCUGUGUGAAUGUGAGCCAACACAACCGGGGCCAGACAAAGGAGAGAUGGACUCCGGUGAGGGCAGUCUGGUCCAUCAAACAUCAGACUGGGUGUUCCAGCUGGUCAACGUAUCCCUGGACCUCUCCCAGGCAGAGAGCUUCUGCAGCGGCCAGUUCAGCUCCCUCACCACCCUGGGCCAGCCUGAAGAUGAGGAGGGAACCCUGGCGCUCCAGAGGCGGGCAGGCCUGCAUGGACCCAUGUGGGUUAGGGACCCCAACAGACCAACGAGCAGGCCUCUGGCACUAGCCAAACAGUACAUGCUCUUCCAAGCCCUGAACUUUCCCAGGGAUUCUCAGGAGGGCUACGGUCGUGUCAACAUGAUGUUCCCGGCCCUGCCAGCGGUGAGCGUGUGUGUCCGCGUGCAGUGGGACCCCCAGUGGGACCAGGUGUCCACCAUGUACUCCUACGCCGCACCUGUCUUCACCAAUGAGUUCCAGCUGCGCGGGCAGGUGGACAGAACAGGACGCAUACUGCUGGCGCUCAUUGUCCACGGGCAGCACUUCCCCUACAAGGCCUCCUUCCUCAAUGAUGGGGCCUGGCACCACCUCUGUGUUACUUGGCGCAAGGCUGACGGCCACUGGGCCAUCUAUGUGGACGGGGAGAGAGGGGCCAUGGGCUCCAGGACUAACACCCCCAGGGACAUACAUGGAGAGGGCAUACUUAUCCUGGGGCAGGACCAGGACUCAUUUGGAGGGAACUUCACUGAACCCUUCGUAGGGAAUAUCACAGAUCUGAAUGUCUGGGACACAUCCUUGGAGCAGAGACAGUUCCGUGCCCUGGACGGCUGCUCACCUUUGACCCAGAAAGCUAUCUUUACCUGGAGUAUUGAUAAUAUGACCCGUCACCCAGUGGUAAAAGAGGUGUCAGCCAAUCUGUUCUGCCCAGGGGUCCACAGGCAGAGGGAGAUGCAGGGCUGCAGGGCUCUAGAGGGCUGGUCUAGCCAACAGCUCCCCUUGUACAGUUCUGCAGACUGCUCCACCACACUCCCCUUCAUCUGCAGGACCAGCAGGGAGCGCUAUGUUCAGAUGAAGGGGUUGAGUGAGUUACAGAGCUCCCAUCCCAGUCCCUUCAUGAACCUCCUCAUGCAGCUCUCCAAUGGAACACAGGGUGUGGAGGGUGUGAUUGGGGAGCAGUCAGGGGGUCAGAUGAGCUGGGGUCAGGUGUCCAGUCUGCUCAACAUGUCCAGGCAGGCCCUGGAAGACACCAAAGAGGGGCUGCAGCCUAGAGACAUGCUGUCCCUGGUCCAACUGCUAGUGCGGGCUGCAGACGUGCCCACAGACAUGGCCACGGAGGGGAACCACAGCCGGGCCACCAACAGCGCUGGGGAGCUCAGCCACACCUUCAUCACUGUGGCUGACAGCAUCAUCAGCCAGGACAACGUCCCCAAGUGGCAGGCCAUCAAACAGGUGGUGAGUGGACCGAUGACUGUGGUCAGGAGUAUUGACCGCAUGGUGACCAGUCUGAGCACUCGGCUGAUGGCAGAAACCGACCAUCUGCUCAUUCACAGCUCCAGCAUCAAGCUGGAGGUCCAGCAGCAGAGUCUGGGAGAGGAAUCCAGUGGGUCUAAGUUCUGUGGUCCAGUGGUGGACAGCAACACCAACAUAGACUGCAUCUCAGUCCCCACACAGAACAUGCAGGAUCUCCAUGACAACGGCUUCCAGAUGGUGACUGUGGUGAACACGUGGUACAGUUCCCUGCGGCCUCUCUUCAACUCAGAGGAGAACAUCACCAUGUUUCCAAUCGUCACCGAUGGCAUCCAGAGGUACCUGGGCACCAUCCUGGGCUCUUCUGUCAUCUCUACUACAGUCCUGGGUGACGGACAGCCUGUCAGCAUGGCUGUACGCUUCCAGCUCCAACACAGAGCUCAGAAUCCUGUAGGGACCGUGUAUGACCCAGUCUGUGCAUUCUGGGACUUUGAUCUGAUGCCAGAGGCAGGGGGGUGGUGGUCUACUAGAGGAUGUGAGGUCAUCUCUAAACAAUACGACUCCACUGUCUGCUUCUGCAACCACACCACCAACUUUGCCCUGCUGAUGCAAGUCUAUGAAGUCCAGAGGAGCCCAGAGAAUGAAAAAGCCCUCCAGGUGAUGACGUUCAUUGGCUGUGGAGUGUCCCUGUGUGGCCUACUCUUCACCUUCAUCCUCUUCAUUGCUGUAGGAGUUCCUAAGUCUGACCGCACCACUGUCCAUAAGAACCUGAUCGUGGCUCUGGGAAUAGCUGAGCUGCUGCUAAUGUGCAGUGACUGGGCCUCUGCUAACGAGGGGGCGUGUCUGGUGGUGACGGCCCUGCUGCACUUUUUCUUCAUGGCCUCCUUCUCCUGGAUGCUGGUGGAGGGGCUGCUGCUGUGGAGUAAGGUGGUGUCUGUCAACAUCAGCGAGGACCGGAGGAUGAAGAUGUACUAUUCCAUCGGCUGGGGUCUACCUGUUGUGAUUGUUGGUGUAACCGUGACGAUAUCCUUGGACAAGUACAAAGCAGACAAUCACUGCUGGCUCAAUGUGGAGACUGAUAUGAUUUGGGCUUUUGUGGGACCUGUUCUAUUUAUAUUGGUUGUCAAUGCAGUGGUGCUUUGCCGGGUAGUCAUUGUGACAGUGUCCAGCGCUCGUCGUCGCGCAAAGAUGCUCACUCCCAGUUCAGCAUCUAAACUCCAUACCUUCGACCUGACCUGGGCUGUGACGCGACCAGUCCUUAUUCUACUGCCAGUGCUGGGCCUUACCUGGCUGUGUGGAGUCCUGGUGCACCUAUCCAUGAUGGUGGCCUAUGUCUUCAUCGCUCUCAAUGCUUUCCAGGGCCUGUACAUAUUCCUGGUGUAUGCGGUUUACAAUAGUGAGGUGAGGAAUGCCAUAAAGAGGAUCAAAGAGAAGAGGAAAGCUUUGUCUUUCACGAACUGUUCCCAGCCAAUCAGCUUUCUGCCGUCCCAGAGGGGUCCAGCCCAGACGUGGACCCACAGUCUGCCACCUCCCUCCAGCCCAGAGACCAGCGACAUCUCAGGCCCCGGCAGCACCACCUCCACCUCACUGGUCAUCAAGAGCGGUAGGAGAGGCUGGCCAGAGUGGGAGAGUUUUGGAAAAGAAAGUAGUUUCUCCUUGAAACCUGCAUCAGGAAACCAGGUGGUUCAACUGACUGCUUUCAAGCCCUCAGGCUGCUGAUGGAAUGUUUGGAAUUGGACACAAAGGCACAUUUAUCAUAUAACCUGGUGGGUAGAAAGCGGAAUUGCACAGUGGAUACCACAAACAGAUACACACAAUAGAUGCAUCCUCUCUCAUACAAAUAUUGUAGAUGAUGUAAAUAGACACACACUCAAAUACUGCACAUAUAGAAUACACACACACACAUACACCCCACAUACAGAAUGAAAGACUCAAAGAUGUGCACACACACACACACACACACACACACACACACACAUAGAGCGUGUGAAGCAGGAAGCGUUUUUUUAGGGCGACAGCUCCUCCUCAACCACAGUGUCCCAUUCCCAGGGUCAGGAACCAUCUGCUGUUUAGGAAAUCGCUGUUCCAGAGAGGCAACACAACAUUUGUCGUGUGCAUACAGACUUCAGUUUCAUUCUCUUUUGCAGAGUGGCUUAUCACAUCGUCAGUCUUUUUUUUACAGUCAUCUUUUUGUGUAUGUGUCAUUUUGGUUUUUACAGACAUAACUAGACAGUAGAUGUUACUGUUUUUACAGACAUAACUAGACAGUAGAUGUUACUGUUUUUACAGACAUAACUAGACAGUAGAUGUUACUGUUUUUACAGACAUAACUAGACAGUAGAAGUUUCUGUUAUUACAGACAAAACUAGACAGUAGACGUUUCUGUUUUUACAGACAAAACUAGACAGUAGACGUUACAGGUUUUACAGACAUAACUAGACAGUAGACAUUACUGUUUUUACAGACAUAACUAGACAGUAGAUGUUACUGUUUUUACAGACAUAACUAGACAGUAGACAUGACUGUUUUUACAGACAUAACUAGACAGUAGACAUGACUGUUUUUACAGACAUAACUAGACAGUAGACAUUACUGUUUUUACAGACAUAACUAGACAGUAGACAUGACUGUUUUUUCAGACAUAACUAAACAGUAGACAUCACUGUAAACACUGGAAACUUUGAAUCAAUGAUUAAAGGCCUAUACUACUGUAAGAUACUAUAUGACCAGACAACAAGAUUGUGUUGUCAGUGUGAAAACGUGGAUAGUAGGAUGACAGAUCCUCUCAUAGAUCAACAGCAUUAUAUAGUAGAGAUAUGCUGCUAACUCACUGUGCACUGUCUGGACAGCUCAUAAAGAGACUUUAAGAAGCCUAUCACCUGUUGUACAGUACUGUAUCACCAACCAACCACUAUGUGUAUUGGAGGCUGUGCUAGCUGCAGCUUGGCUAUCUCCCCAAGCCUUUCCUCCCUCCCCUGCCCUGGCCUAUCCUGCCUUACAACAAGCAACAGAAAUCCUGGCCUCUCCCUAUCUCCACUGCAGAAAGGUGCACUCUGAACCGAGACACAUUAUUCAGUACAGCUAAAAUGAUUGCAUGAAACUGUUUAUUGUCCCAAUAGAAGAAUAUGCUGGGCAAAUAUAAUGUACAUUGUCGUUUGAUAUAAUUGUAUUUCUAUACAUAUAUUGUUAUGAGAUGGGGGAAGGUUAUUGUUAGGACAUAGACAAACACACAGCCACACACUUCCACACCUCAUCCCCAGGGGGCAGCAACAACCUGGUUCAAAUGCUUAGCCAGGAAGUCUUGUGGAGCCUUAAGAAGUGUUGAUUGGGCACAGGUGCAAGGAAAUGAGAUUGAGACAGCUAUUAGAGCCGUUAGGCUGAUGUUUUUUCUUGGUAACCAUGUGAGCCCUUGGUUUUGUUUCAAAUCUUUUGCUUGGGAAUGUUUUUAGUUUUUUUACAUAUAUUUAUUUUUGUCACCUCUGAACAAUCAAAAAUCUGCUUGGACUGGCUAACCAAGAGGUCAUGGAGGAGCUGGCCCUAGACCAAAGGUAAGGUUGCUGUCUUCUGGGUACAUGUACAUACAACACAAUCCUUAUACUCUGAUUUCUCACAUAGGUGCACAUCUUAAAUCAGGUUCUAGACCAUGUAACUAGGACUAAGACCCCUAGACUUAGAGUGCAACAGUAUUAGCAGGCUAGUCAAUCGAUUUUGUAACAAUACAUUGUACGAUUUGUAUGAAAAUGAUAGCUUUUCCAAAGCCCUUAUACUUCGUUCCUUAAAUGUAUUGUUUAAUUACUGUUAAUGGCCUCCAAUAUUUCUUUGUAGCCAUUAGCUGAAAUGGACAUUUACAUAUGCAUUUGUGAAGUAGCACUGACUUGUCAGCCCAAAACCAUAGACUUUCACUUUAAUAUGAAUUGCUUUGUCAUGACUCAUAAAUUGCUACCACUAUCCUGGAUAGCCUCCAGAGUAUUUGAAAAGAACGUAUUGUGUAUAUAUGACCCCCGUGGUCAUUGAACAACAGCGGGAUGGUUCAAAAGAAAUGGACAGAACAUAAGUAGCGCUUUACUUAAUUGCAUUUAUUGAUUUGAUGCUAUUACAAUAAAAUAUAUUUAAAGAAAA